CUUAAGGAAGGGGCUGUGCUUUCGGGAUCUCUUCAGAGCCAAGUAAGGAGGUCCCUCUCUUUCCCUCUGCCUCUCUCUCUCUCUUUUUAAAAGGACCUCGUGCGAUAAAAGUGCAGAAACAAACCCAGGCGACCACAACAGCAGCCGCGGCGACAGCAGGAGGAGGAAGAGGAGGAGGAGGGAAAGUUGGAGUUGGGGCAGGCGCUGCGGAGCGGCGGGGCUCGGAGCGGCUCCCAUUCAUUAAGUACGCAGCAGCCGAAGAAGGCGGCCAGGCGCCCGCGCUGCCCACUCACCCGCUAGCGCAGCCGGACACGCGCCAGCCCAGCGCGCCCCGAGCAGCACAGCUCUGCAGCAGGGUCUGCUCGGCAGCCGGCUCUCCUCCCCCUGGACCUGCGGACGGUUUGGGGCUGAGAGAGGAGCGCAGAGGAGCAGCGGGGAGCAGAAAACAGCCCGGGCUGCAGUGGGAAGCGCGCGGCGGGCUGCACCGUCGCCGCCGCCGCGCAGCGAGCCGGGGCCCGACCCUCCGCGUCCCCGAGCAGCCGCGGCCGGGAGGCGGGCCGGGCGCGCGGGUGUGUGGCUGCCGCCGCCGGGCGUCUUCGCGGGGCCGAAGGCUCGCGCCGCAGCCAGCGCCAUGCAAAACUACAAGUACGACAAGGCGAUCGCUCCGGAGAGCAAGAACGGCGGCAGCCCGGCGCUCAACAACAACCCGAGGAAGGGCGGCAGUAAGCGGGUGCUGCUCAUCUGCCUCGACCUCUUCUGCCUCUUCAUGGCUGGCCUGCCCUUCCUCAUCAUUGAGACAAGCACCAUCAAGCCUUACCACCGAGGGUUUUACUGCAAUGAUGAGAGCAUCAAGUAUCCCGUGAAAACCAGUGAGACGAUAAACGAUGCCGUGCUCUGCGCCGUGGGGAUUGUCAUCGCCAUCCUCGCGAUCAUCACUGGGGAGUUCUACCGUAUCUAUUACCUGAAGGAGAAGUCCCGGUCAACGAUUCAAAACCCCUAUGUGGCUGCCCUCUAUAAGCAGGUGGGCUGCUUCCUCUUCGGCUGUGCCAUCAGCCAGUCCUUCACAGACAUUGCCAAAGUCUCCAUAGGGCGCCUGCGUCCUCACUUCCUGAGUGUCUGCAACGCUGAUUUCAGCCAGAUCAACUGCUCCGAGGGCUACAUUGAAAACUACAAAUGCAGAGGUGACGACAGCAAAGUCCAGGAGGCCAGGAAGUCCUUCUUCUCUGGCCACGCCUCCUUCUCCAUGUACACUAUGCUGUAUUUGGUGCUGUACCUGCAGGCCCGCUUCACUUGGCGAGGGGCCCGCCUGCUCCGGCCCCUCCUGCAGUUCACCCUGAUCAUGAUGGCCUUCUACACGGGACUGUCGCGUGUGUCCGACCACAAGCACCAUCCCAGUGAUGUGCUGGCAGGAUUUGCUCAAGGAGCCCUGGUGGCCUGCUGCAUAGUUUUCUUUGUGUCCGACCUCUUCAAGACCAAGACGACACUGUCCCUGCCUCCCCCGGCUCUCCGGAAGGAAAUUCUUUCACCUGUGGACAUUAUUGACAGGAACAAUCACCACAACAUGGUGUAGGUGCCGCCCACCUCCUGAGCUGUUUUAUAAAAUGACUGCUGACAGCAAGUUCUUGCUGCUCUCCAAUCUCAUCAGACAGUAGAAUGUAGGGAAAAGUUUUUGCCCGACCAAUUUUAAAAAGGAAAAAAAAAAAGUCUUACUUUGUGGCCUUCCAAAAUAGGUAGCGUUCACCUAUAUGGAAACAGCAGCAAACUAACACCAAGUGCCGAAAUCCUGGAUGUGCAAUUGGUUUUAAGUGUUCAUGUUCUAGUGAACACGGGCUUGUUCUGGAACAAACACUAAAAUGAUUUGUGUAGAGUCUGCCAGUCAGCUUUGUGACCCGAGGAAUCCCAGGCCUGUGGGAGAAGCUCAAAUUCACUCUGUAGCACGCAAUGCCAGAAAUAGCACUGAAUCAAGAAAAUAGCCAUUGGGGGGCUCCUCUCGUUUCUCUCUGUCCACACCACUCUAUUCUGUACUGUGACUUCCAUUCAGGAAGUUAAAUACAAGGAAGGAGCAAGUUUUCUAAGCCAGGUGAUCUGACCCUGAGUCCAAGCUCCCCGUCCUGAGGCCUCAGCCCUCACGCCCCCGGCCCACAGGCCAGCAACCACAGCCCCUCACUUUAGUGAUUAGGAGACUCUUUGUGGAUGAGUGAAUUUCACAAAUAGCACAAUUUCAGAAGAGAUCGAGGGUGCUGGCCCUCACUGGUCUUCUCUGGCCGCAUCAUGCUGUGAUGGGGGGACGUCGGCUGCGGGAUGCCGCUGUUGUGUUCACCAGUCACCCAGCACCCGCACACUCUCGGCAACACUUAGUUAGCUUCGCUCACUGCUUCUCCCUUGAAGCCCUUGCUGUGUGCCCACCAGGGUUUCCUGGGAGGGCCCCGACAGAGCAAAGGCGUGCUCUGCCACCAGCUGAUGGAAAGCAGCCUUACGCACAAGAGACGUGGGAGCGAAGGGGCAAGAAUGAAAAACCCACCAACUUUUUGGCUACUCGACGUCAGAAUGAGCCAGAGUAGCAGACGGUCUCAUGCCUGACAGGCUACCCUUCCAGAUCUUGGAGCUGACAAGGGUCUCUGUGGGGGCUGCUCUUGCUAAGCUGUGUAAAGCACUAUUGUCUUGGGGUUGAUCUCUAGGGCAGUUCUUGGUAGGUUCUGCUGGGCAGAACACAUGGGUUCAAUCUCCGUAGAGUUUUUCUCAUCCUCUCUCCAUAAGUGUCCUUCUAAGCAAGGCCCCACUCUAGGCAGUAGACAAGGAUCCUUUCUACUGAACCUUUGAGGAAAGGAGGAAGGAAGAAAGGCUUUCCGAUGGCGGAUGCAGACCUUUCAAAGGGCUAAAUGUAACCACAUGGAUCAACCACAUGCACAUCCCCACUACAGAAGUCGUCCUUUCAUUUCAACUCCUAGCAAGCUAUGAUUUUUAUAUAUAAAUAUUAUAUAAAUAAUGUAUAAAACAUUAAAAGUUAACUAUGUAAGAUAUUAUUUCUGAAACAAUUGUAGCUAUAUCCACUAUGAUUAUAAACUGUGUCUCGACCUGUGUUAUUUACAUUAGCUGCUUAAAAAAAGCAUUGAGUUAAUUUUUUUUAAUAUCAACUAAAAUAUCGUAGUUCCGUGGUAGACCUUGUUUUACAAUGAAAGAAAUAACUGCAACUAGAGAAAACUGUAUAAAAACAUUAAAGUGUCAGUAUUUUUGUAAGGUUCCCAUUUUUUGUAAAGAGAAUAAUAUUCAAAGACUUUUGUAGAAUACAAAGUGAAAACUUGUAUCUGCGAAACUAUCCUUGUAUUAAAUGUGCUUUUUAAAUAAAAGCUCAUAACACAACUAA